AACAUUAUGGACAUGUUGUUGGAUUUAAUUGUCAAAAAAAGUCUAUUGUCAAAGACGUUAAUGGAAAUAUCCAGUCCUUAACUUAUGCUUGUAUGGAAGGAAAGUUCUUCAACAAAAAAAACAAUAAGCAUAAAAAAAUAGUUCCCUGUGAAUGGAAAAUUACAAUUUCAUAUAUUAAGUCUGAUAAAUAUAUUAUCGUAACUAAGUUUUUAAAUCAACAUAAUCAUGAGCUUUUUUCGUCCUUAUAUAAUUCUGAAUGGUGGAGAUCACAUGUCAUUGACAACACAAAUAUGAAAGCAAUAUCAAAUAACCAAAUAAUCAAUCAAAAUAAUAAUGAGAGAGAAAUCUUUAUGAAUUCUGAUUUAUUACAAGAAAAUCAAGACAUUUCCUUUGUGUCGUUUUUGAAAAAGGUUUAUAAAGAUAAUCUUUGGAUCUUAGAUAACAUUGGACAUCCUUUGACAUUAUAUGAAAUAUUAAAAAAUAUACCAGGUUCACAUAUUAAUGAUCUUGAGGUCCCACGUGUACAACAAUUCUCUGAAACUCCCAAGAUUAAAAAGGAUUUAUUGGAAUUAUCCGUCGAAUGGUCUCUUUUUGAUGUGAACUUUUUAUUUGAACAAUUAUUGAAUAGUGAUUUUAAUUCGGCUCCAACAACUUCUCAAAUUUUUGAAUUUUCAAAUAUUAAUAUAACCGACAAAUGUCCUGCCGAUAUUGAGAAAGAGCUCAAUUGUUACUUACGGAAAGUAUAUCCAUUAUCUGCAGAUAAUAAUGAAAGUGGUGAGAUAAAUAAUAUACCAAAUUUAAAUAAGAUUAAAUAUAGUCGUCAGUAUGCUAUAGAAGUAGUUUCAAAGGAUCUUGUUAAGAGUUUACAAACUUUCAUUUCAAAAUCACGGAAUUGUCCUAAAUUUUCAUUGUCAUCAGAUAUCUUAUCAGAACAACAACCAAUCAAUAAUAAUUCAACAAAUUCUGAUUGUUUUACAAUUAAAUGUAAAAAAUCAAUCAAUAAUGCUGAUACAGAAAAUAAUGGAUAUGUAAUGACAACAGCAGCACAAGAACUUUCUGAUGAUUGGAUAAUAGGUCAAGAUCUCAAAGAAUAUGAUUAUAAAUUUCUUGAUGAUUUUGAAAAUAUUACUAAUGAAGCAUUAACAAAUCCAACAUAUAAAUUAGAAGAAAAUCAAAUAGAAGUACAUAACAUUGAAAAAGAAAAUCCUAAUCCAAUUAUAGAGAAUAUCAAUAAGGAUAUUGUUGUAGAGAAUAUUACUGAGGAUAAUGUUAUUAAUCAAAAUACAAGUAAUAUUAUAGAAAAACCAAAACCAAAGAAGAAAUCACGAAAAUCUGGAUUUAGAUAAAGUAUAAAUAAAUUUAUAUAAUUUUGGAUUAAAAUAAUUCUUGAACUUUUGUAAAUAUAUAUAUUUUUAAUGAAAUGUUUGCCAUAAUAUUA